ACCAUACUGUUAUCAUAGUUUAGACAAUAAAAAUGGCUUCAGGAGCACCAGGAGGAGGAAACUUUCGAAGUUGGACACCAACACCUCCAGAAAGAGGUUCGUUCCCGUUAGAUCACGAUCAUGAAUGUUCAUCACAAAUGUUCAAGUAUCUUGAAUGCAUGAAAUUCACAGAAAACAAAAACGCACCAAAUUGCCGUAUUUUAGCUAAAGAUUAUUUGAAAUGUAGAAUGGAUCAUCAAUUAAUGGAACAAUCCGAUUGGGAUUCUCUUGGGUUGGUCAAUUUACCUGGUGAAGCUGGUAUUACUCAUGAUCAAUUAUUGAAAAGCAAAACAAAUAAAGAUAAGUUGAAAUCCGAUGAGAAGAAAGAUAAAUAGAUUUAAAAAUUUUAACCACUUGUAUAUAGUUGCUAAAAAAAAUUCUGAAAACAUUGUAAUAGAAAGAGUAUACGUAAAACCAUCUUCACAGGUAUAAUACAUACAAAUAAUACAUUU